AUGCUUGCCUCAUCCAACAAGUGCGGCCAAACAGCUUUGGCUCUGGCGUGCCAGCGGAGGCUGGAUGAGUUGGACAAGGGCCCUCCACCUGAGCCACCUUUGGAGUCUCGCCUGUCCAAGGCCCGCUGGGCUCUCACGCAUCAGGACGCCAAGCUCAAAAAGGCCAUGGACAAAUAUCACAAGUGGCAGCAGGACCUGGAGCAGCACUGGGCGCACGUGGAAGAGCGUAAGUCCCAAUUGGAUGCACUCCAGGCGGAGUACGACAAGCUCGCCGCCUCUGUUCGCCCCACUGCGACGGCACCCGACCCCAAGCCCACGCUGUCCCUAUCCGCGCUCCUGGAGGACAAGCUCGACGGUUUCAUCAUUGAUGUUGGAGAUGUCUUCGCCAUGGGCGGCGAGGAAGGUGCAGUGCUGGGGUUCAAGAACACAUUCAUGACUUCCUCCUUCAGGCACCUGGCCCUGAAUCAAGCCCAGCAGGUUGGCAUGCGGGACCUCUCAUCUACCAAGGGAAACAUCGAUUUCUUUGACUUUGUCCCUGUGGUCUGGCACAUCCAGGGAGUCUCUCUCUGUUUGGUCUCCGCAUACUUGACCUCUAGCAUAGGCCUGAAAGGAGUUAACCUGCAGAAGUUGGCCAUCCUCGGGAGUUUCAUCACGAGUCUGGACAUCCCGUGGGCCAUCUUCGCUGAUUGGAACGUUCCUCCUUCUACGCUCAUGCAGUCGGGCUGGCCCACGAUGCUGGGAGGCGUCCCCGUCAUUCCCACGGACGUGGACUACACUUGCACUAUUGGGUCAGGCGCG